GUGAUUUGACCCCUCGGCGGGAGGACCACGACCAUCUAGCCGCCUCGGUUGUGGCCAUAAUAGGACGGCCUGUAUCUUUCCUCUUCACCGUCUGGCUUCGGAUGCUCUACACACCAAGGAAUAUUUGUCCCCAUCUAUCAUGGCUUCCAGGGGGGUUUCUACUCUCAAAUUCGUCGGCACCGUGUCGCUGGGGCUGCUGACGGGCCUGUCCUAUACUCUGUCGGCCCUGACCGUCCCAACACUCCUCACGCUGCCCACCGCCAACGAGGCAGCCAAGGCCUUCCGGUCCCUUGCCACCACUGCGGGCACGCACCUGCGCACCCUCGCCGGCAUCUCCAGCACCGCCUUCUUCCUCGCCUUUGCCCUGUCCCCCCGAUCCGCCCGCCACCCGUACCUGCUGUACACCUCGGUGCUCGUCGCCCUCUCCCGCCUCAGCGUAUCCGACAUGGUCGCACCGUACCUGUUCGCCCACCCCCACACGCCCGCGCAGCAAAGGCAGUCGUCAUCUUCUGCUUCUCGCAAGGACCGGUCGGCCGCCCGACGCAUGGAGGCGAGCUACGACGUAAUCGGAGGCUCCGACGCCCACAGCGACUCGGCAAGCGACAGGAGCAGCGAGGAAGACGCAGCGACGGCCGACAACAACUUCAACGGCGAGGAGGUCCGCGGCGAGGUCGAGUCGUUCCUUAAGAAACAGGUCGUCUCUACCGCGACGGCGGGGCUGGGCUUCCUCAUGGCUGUGGUCGGCAUCUGGGGCGACGGUGCCGUGGGCUACGUCAGCGAGACGGUUGUCAGGGUUGUUGAGUUCUGAGGAGAUACAGGCAGGUUGUGCUAGUUGACGAGCAGUGGGACGCACAAGAGACGUUAACCCAGGGUUUGAGUUUUCAACGGGAAUGUGCAGGCGUUUGAAAAUGGCAGGCACAAUCAAAAGAGAAUCAAUCCCUUGUUGAUGGACGUUGGGAGCUUGAUAGCUUGUGGAGGUUAAACGUGUCUCUCCUCUUUGUACUUCCACUCCUUUCACUCCUCUCCACCCAGCCUCAGAAAGACAGACAUGCUUACGACAAACAUCAAUGAUAUCACUUUGGACCACGGUAGUGCCUGUGUUUGUUUUGGGGAGUGGUGCAAAAAGACAGUGCGACGGCCGGGGUUUGAACCCGGGUCUCCUCCUAGCCCCUUUGCAGCUUGAAAUGGAUUAUUCCAAAUGGGAGGGAGGUGAGUUAACCACUACUCAACCGUCGCAUGGUUUGAGGGAUUGUCAGGGUCUGAUGUGGUCUGGUCUGGGGUGGGGCGGGGUGGGUUGGGUUAGCUGUGUUCCCUCGGAAGGUUACCUGCUGGAGUUGAAACUCCAGGCA